CAGUUUGCGUUCCGCUUGCCGAGAGUAAACUUCUUUAGGAGAAAGCUUACCUCUUGCCAACAACUUCCGGGAUGAAUCGAAGGAUCGCAGUGUUAAUCGUUGGCCUCGCGCUUGUCUCGGUGGUUUGUUCAGAUGAGAUUUUGAAAUGCUACAUGUGUUCUUCCGAAACGCACUCUGGUUGCGACACCGAUCCGAAAGCGCACAACAUCGAACCUGUCGAAUGUACUCUAAACAACAUGGUUUUGUGGCAACAAGCUGUUCAACAGCACAGCGUUUUAAAGCAAAUAUCGAAUAUCUUUGACGUGGACAAUUCGCAACAUUAUCAAGCUACUGCGCCAUUGGCCUGUGCUAAAAUGGCUGUCAAGGUUAGCGAUCGGGACGUCACGGUGAGAAGCUGCCAGACUGCGAAGACAGAGACCAUCGACCCGUGCAAAACGAUACGGGGAAAAUUCGCCAAUGACGGUUUGAACCUGCAAUUUUGCGCACUGUGCAUGCAGGAUGCUUGCAACAGUGCUGUUACAGUUUCACCAAGAAUUUUCCUCGCUCUACUAUCUGUGCUUGGGGUUAGAAUUUUGGGCGGUUUUUACAACGGCGCGUAACCUUUAUGUUGCAUCGAGUUACAGAAUUGAUUGCAGUUGUCAUCGGAGGCGCGUUACAAUCAUUCAUAAUGCAUUGAUAAACUUGGAAACAUGCACACAUAUGUACACAUUGUUCAUUGAUCUACAUCGUUCCACGUGCACGAUUCUUACCGGAUAGAUGAGAAAUUUAACAUUUUCGCAUUGUUGGAUUUCUUACGACGACAAUGAAAUUUCCUUUCUGUACAUUUCUUUACAUUUCAGGCACACAGAACACCAAAGGAUACAUUACUAAGCAUUUAAAACAAAAAAAAUCUAUGCGAAAGAGGAUAAAUUACUCGAAGUAAAUUUGUAGUACUCUGUAAAAGAUCUUUUUUUUAUUAAUUUUUUUUAUCACAUCACGAUAAUUUAUGAUACUGCGCGUUUUUAAAUUUCACUUACGAUCAUUUUUUGUUCAUUUCCUUUUAUAUUCGAACGAAACCAGGAAAUAAUUACAGACAAAAAUGUGGCUUUCUGUCCAAUUUCUAUUCCCGAACUUUUAAGUGUCAGCUGGCUAAUCACAUUUUGUACACCGAGUUCGAAAAAAUUGACACCUGUAGAGUUACCAUUUAACGAAUCCGUGACUAAUCACCGUCGAUAAUCGCGCAUUAUUAUGCAACGAGCAUUGCCUACAUGCGUGUUCACUAUAAAAAUUCACCGUAAAGAUAUUAUAUUUAUCAAAGUGCAUUUGCAAUUAAUGAAUAUUAAU